AUGUCCGACCGUCCUGCGACUUGUGCACGCCAAGUUCAGAUCCCUACCGAACUCCGGAAGCGUACUCGUGAACAGAUACAAGAGGAAAAGGAGGCCAAGGAACGGCUGGCAAAGGAAAAGAAGGAAAAACUUGCAGUGGAAAAAGCAGGGAAGCAGAAGGGGAGUGAGCGAGUGCAGGCUCGAGUAGCUGCUUUUGAGGAUAAGCAAGUGUUGGUGGCUAAGACUUGUCAUUCCUUGUGCCCUGAUUUGGAGAGCGACAACUUACCAAAAGCACCUCGACAGAGUAGCCGAUAUGCCAUGGGCGCUGUCAGCCAAGAACCGACACCAUGCAUACCCAGCACAGAUAUAGUUGACACUUGUCAGUCUCUGAAGGUGGACUUGGACCAAGCCAUCAACAUCAUAGUUGGACUCGGAGAGGAUCCUGACGAUUCCAUUGAACUGCCACCAGUCGCACCACCAGACACCGAUUCCGAAGGUCUCAUGGAUGUUGACAGUGCAGUCCUCGCCAUGGACAGUAGCGAUGGCCAAUCAGAGAGUAGGCUGGCUGUGGGCGAUGAUUAUGACAGUGACAAUGAUGAGAACUGGCAGCCCUCAUCUGACCUGGAGGAUAGCAGCACCCAAAAUCUCACGAAGGCCGAGGCGGCUGAGCUUGAAGCAUUCCAUGAGUGGAAAAGAGUGCAAACCAUUGAGCAGAGAAAGACGAUAGCUCAACAUGAGCGAGCACUCAAAGUGGAGAAGGCUAAAAGAGCUAAGUGUGCUGCGAGAGAGUCAAUUAAUGCUAUACGUGAGGUCCCUCCCACUGUCGUUGGAGUCUCGAAGGGAAGGCCAGGUCAGAAGCGUAAAGAAACCAGCUCUUUAGAUGAUAGAGUCGAGCCUCAAAAGCAUAGUAGAGGGAGUGCUGUCGGAGGACUUGCUAAGGAUUGGGAGGCAGUAUACACACAGCCCAAUGCCUUGGUAUCUAAUACCUCCAUUGAUGGUGCUGCCGAGAGCCAGUUUGACCAAGGCAGCAUGCUAGAAAAAGAGGAAGCACACGAAGUCACAGAGGCGGCCAGGGCAGCAAAAGGCGGCCGUAAGAGUGAAAUCAAGGUCCCUCAGAGAGAGCGUGAAGUCGUUCUCCAGCCUGUGGCAGUGGCUGACAUCAACAAGAAGGAGCAUGAGAAGAAACCGGCAAAAGCGCGGACUCAAUGGACAAAUAAGGACUUACCUCUUUCCUCCCACCACCUCCAAACCUGGCAGCAAAAAAUCAUCCCUCGUGUCAUCGACUGGAGCGCUUCUCUCGGUGACCCCUUUGGCUCGAAUAAUCACCCCAAUUUCAAGGAUGUUGUCGUGCAAGAGUGGAUCCGAUUCUUUGGGAACCUCCAGGAAACUGUACAGUACGAAGGAAAAACCAUCAAGCGAGUAGAUCAUCCAGCCAUCUAUUGUGUGACCAUGUCUGCAAUGCAAACCUAUAGGAGUGAAAUCGGAAAGUAUGCCAUGGCCUGUAUGGACAACCUUUGGCUUCAAGAGGACAUGAAGCAGUAUGAUACGGUCGAGCGUCGAUGCGAUUGGGUUCAAGACAUGCUGGCAUCCUUCAGGUAUUUAUAUGAGUUUCCAGAUAAGACGGAAAAUCGUGGAGCAUUCCGUGGAUGGCUGGUGAUCGAUGUCUUUGCCUUCCACAUGAAUAUGGUUUUCACGGCGACUUCGCAACAAAAUGGAGGGAACUAUGGAGAUCUGGCAGGAGCUAUGGCAUUAACUUGUGCCACGGUCAGACGAGCGCUCACACUGUGGCAAUUGGGCUUUAACUCUCUUGCUGCGAAUGGUGCAAGUGCAAAGAACACUCCCAACAGCUUCAAGGACGAUCCCUGGGGGAAAGAGGCACGAUCUUUCUACUAUCCCCAUGCCUCUGCUCUCAUGGCGGAAAAAUGGGACGACAUCUUUUCCCAUGCUGAAGUUAUAAUCAAGAAAAAGGGCUUAGCAACGGCGGCACAGUUGGAGCAAGCCAUGGGGGGUGUGAGCAGCGACAAGGGAAUGAAACCGCUGUCUGCCAAUGAUAUUGAGCUAUCAGACUAG